AUGUUUAAAUUUAGAAUUCCACAACAAAUAUUGAAACAAAACUCAACAAGUUCCAAAUCUAUAAUCAUGCCAGUUUUGAAAAAACCAUUUUCAACAUCUAACCCAAAAGGUGAUUUGUUCAAAUAUCAAUCACAAUUGCCAAAAUUGCCAGUUCCAUCUUUGGAAGAAACUGCUGCUAAAUAUUUAAAAACGGUUGAGCCAUUUUUAAAUAAAGAUCAAUUAGCUGCUACAAAACAAAAAGUUGAAAACUUUAUUCAACCUGGUGGUGUCGGUGAAGCUUUACAAGCUAGAUUAGCCAAUUUUGCUAGUGAUAAAGAUAACUGGUUGGCUGAAUUUUGGGAUGAUUAUGCUUAUAUGUCAUAUAGAGAUCCUGUGGUUCCAUACGUUUCUUAUUUUUUCUCCCACAAAGAUAUCAACAAUGUGAUUGGUAACGAUCAAUUGUUGAAAGCUAGUUUGAUAGCAUACUACACCAUUGAAUUCCAAGAAAAAGUAUUAGACGAAAGUUUGGACCCAGAAGUCAUUAAAGGUAAUCCAUACUGUAUGAAUGCCUUCAAAUACAUGUUUAACAAUUCAAGAGUUCCAGCUGAAGGUUCUGAUAUCACCCAACAUUACGAUGGUGAAGCUAACAAAUUCUUUAUUGUUAUUUACAAGAACAACUUUUACAAAGUUCCAACUCACAAUGAAAGUGGUCAAAGAUUAUCCAAGGGAGAACUUUACAGUUACUUGCAACAAGUUAAAAACGAUGCUACUCCUAAAGGUCUUGGAUUGGGUGCAUUAACUUCUUUGAAUAGAGAUGAAUGGUUGGGUGCUUAUAACAACUUGUUGAAAUCUCCAAUAAAUCAAGCCUCCUUGGAAUCCAUUUUUGCUUCUGCUUUUGUUAUUUGCUUAGACUCACACAACCCAGUUACCAUUGAAGAAAAAUCCAAAAAUUGCUGGCACGGUGAUGGUCAAAACAGAUUUUUUGACAAACCGUUGGAAUUUUUUGUUAGUGCUAACGGUAAUUCUGGUUUCCUUGGUGAACAUUCAAGAAUGGACGCCACACCAACCGUUCAAUUAAACAACACUGUUUACAAGAAAAUCACUGAAGAAAGCCCAGAAGAGUUAAUUGUUGAAAUCGGUGGUUCUGCACCAAAAAUUGGUCCUGCUGAAAUCUUGCCUUUUGAUAUCAACCCAACUACUAGAGCCAAUAUUUCUGACGCCAUUUCAAAAUUCAAUGCCACUAUUGCUGCUCAUGAUGAAGAAAUUUUCCAACAUUACGGUUACGGUAAAGGUUUAAUCAAGAAAUUCAAGGUUUCCCCAGAUGCUUAUGUUCAAAUGUUGAUGCAAUUGGCUUAUUUCAAAUACACUGGUAAAAUCAGACCAACUUAUGAGUCCGCCGCCACCAGAAAAUUCUUGAAAGGUAGAACUGAAACUGGUAGAACUGUAUCUAAUGAAUCUAAGAAAUUUGUUGAAACUUGGACCAAUCCAAAGGCUACCAAUGAAGAAAAAGUCUCUAGUUUCCAAGCUGCUGCUAAACAGCACGUUGCUUAUUUGUCUGCUGCUGCUGAUGGUAAAGGUGUUGAUCGUCAUUUGUUUGGUUUGAAACAAAUGUUGCAACCAAACGAACCAGUUCCAGAAAUUUUCACUGACCCAAUUUUUAGUUAUUCACAAACUUGGUACAUUUCAUCAUCUCAAGUGCCUUCGGAAUACUUCCAAUCCUGGGGUUGGUCACAAGUUAUUGAUGAUGGUUUCGGUUUAGCUUAUUUAAUCAACAACGACUGGAUCCAUGUCCAUAUUUCUUGUAAGAGAGGAAACGGAUUAAAAUCUGAUCAUUUGAAAUGGUACUUGGUAGAAAGCGCCAACGAAAUGAAAGACAUUUUGACCAAGGGCUUGUUAUCUGAACCAAAGGCCAAAUUGUAA